AUGCAGCGUUGGUUUUUUGCUGAUGAAGAGUCGAAAUGUGAGAGAAGAGCGAAAACGCCAUCUCCGGAACGCGUUUCAAUAAAGUCGUCUCACGUUUCUUUGGAGAGCAUCCCUUGGAAAUUUUGCGUUGACUAUAAAAAGCCAUUAUGUUUGAACGAAACUUUAGCUAUUAUAGGAAAUGUAGAGAUGCUCGGCAAAUGGAAACCCGAAAACUGUGUCGUAAUGAAGGAAAUAGAUAAUGGUCGCUGGUGCAUUUCAGUUAUCUUGCCUCGCAAUGAAGAGAUUCUUUAUAGAUAUUUGGUUAUUGGCAUCGAUGGUAAGCGUCGCAAAAUUAUACGCUUUUGGGAGACACAUCAUCCAGCGCGAUGUAUAAAGGGUUCCGUAAGUUCGGAAGAGGAGGAUGGACGAUGUUAUGACGUGUUCGGCUAUAUUAAUGGCGACUAUCAGGUGAAUCGAGGUUGGGUUAUGUUUCACACCGUAAUAGUGCAAUUGAAAUUUUUCAAAGCUCCGUUCGUUGUAUGCGAACAUAGCCAAACUACGUUGCUCUAUGUUAAAGUGCAACCAGUUAGGGUUGCGCCAAAGAAUGCAAAUAAAACCAAGGUUCAAGAAAAUGAGUCUAAGGUACUGGAAUCGGACACUUUAAAUACUCUUAGCGGAGGAGGAGAGACGAAUGAAUUGAAAACGACCUUUGCCUUCACUGAAGUCGUCUCAUUAAACAGCAGUUCGAGUCAUUUUACUUAUCAACCAAAGUUUGGUACCCCUUGCGGACCAAACGAUAUGCUAAUAUUUCAUAUGACAUUGGGCAACUUUGCAAAUACAGCUUAUGUGGUCGAUUUCUAUAGCUAUCCACGAAAAGCUGCCUCAGACAUUCCGCCAUAUCAUUUUGGCUAUGUCCACAUAUUUCCGCACCAGUUAAAUAAUUCAGAUGGUACUCUCACUAUGGAUAUUAUGUGCGCCUCGAAAAAUCAAUCGGUGGGUACGGUUAUGAUUCGCUAUUUGAUUAUACGGCCAUUGCCCCAUGAUCUGAAUAUGGAAGACACGUUUACUCGAUAUUGGAAUCCAAACUGGAAUAAUAUGCAAAUUGGUCAUCGUGGUUGCGGUAAAAGUCACUGGCGUGACCGGGACAUACUACGUGAGAAUACUGUCAAAUCAAUUAAAAUGGCAGUCGAGAAUGGCGCUGAUAUGGUGGAGAUCGAUGUUCAAUUAACUAAAGACAAUGUCCCCAUAUUGCAUCACAACUUAUGUCUACAAUUUUCCCCUUCCGAUAAUAUUGAUAUCCAGAAAUAUGACGCAUUGCGUUUUGCGUUGACGGAAAAUGAAAUUUUGCAAAUAGGAAAAUACGAGAAGGAGGACGGUUCGCAUAACAUAAGGAUACCAAUAAAACAAUUUACUCUAGCGCAAUUGAAAGCGGUUAAGGUAUACGAACCCCGUCGUGCUAUUUCAGAACCUAAUUGCUCUUUUGACACCAAAAGCAAUCGACCUUUUGUUACGUUGGAAACGGUUCUUAAGAAAACGCCUCGUGAUAUCAUUUUAAAUAUUGAUGUCAAAUGGCCAAUACGCCUUGAAAAUGGCAAUUGGGUCGAUGGUGUCAUUAGAGAGGAAAAUAUGAACGAUUAUGUGGAUGCAAUUAUCGAAAUUGUUUUGAAACAUGCCGGGACCCGAAAAAUUAUUUUUUCCGCUUUUUGUCCGGAUGUUGCCGCAGUGUUACAUCUCAAGCAGAAUAAAUAUCCGGUAUUUCUUCUUUGCCAUGGAGCUUUCGCCGGGGUGCAAUUCGUAGAUUCCAGGGGUCAUGAUUUGCACGCUGCUGUCAGUUUUGCCCAUGUCAUGGAACUUCAGGGUAUAAACGUACACGCUAGCCAUCUUUUAGAAUAUAAAGGCGAUCGCACUUUCAUUCAAAAAUCCGGUUUGCGAUUAAUUACCUGGGGCUCUCAAAAUCGUGACGCAGACUUUCGUGAAAAACUCAAUUCAUGGAAACUUGACGGCAUCGUCUAUGAUCGUAUUGACCGCUAUUUGGCAUCAAAAGAUCUAAAAGGUAAUAUGGCUUACAUAGAACUAAAGGAGGAGAAGAACAAGAAUGUUUAA